AUGGUGGUGGGCGCGUACAGUGAUGUAGUUCAAGUAACCGAAACCCUACUUCCUCGCUCCUGUAUCAGCUUCUUCGCAUAUACCCAUAAUUGGCUUUAUUACUCAUCCAGCUGUUUACCUGUCGUUUUAGAAGCAGAAUCCCUCAUACAAGAUUUGAACUUGUUGAAGGUGAUGGAGAACAGUCAAAGCACGACGAGCGUUAUUGCAAAAUUGAUGGGUUUUGAUGAAACGCCACCCCAUCAGCAGCCUGUUUCUAGGCAACAAAAGGUCUUGUCUGACAACUAUCUACAGAAAUCUGGUUCUAUAGGGAAGAGAUCAAGAACAUAUUCCCAAAACAAUCUUCUGGGAUCCAAGAAAAGGGUGAAUCAAAGAACAAAUGAUUCUUAUGUCGACCAGAAAGUUUUGAGUUCUGAAAGCAACAGAGAAAAUGGGAAAUCAGACACAGUGUUGACCAGAAAGAAGAUUUUUCUCAAACCAAACUUAGCAAAUACACAACAAUCUUCCCGACCUUCCUUUCUACUUGAUUCUCAGACCACUUUUGCCUGGGAAGCCAAGAAACAACUAUUAGAGAGGCUCAAAAUGACCAGAGUUUUUCAAGAACGUCAAUCUAGUCGUCAAAAGUGUUGUAAUCUUGGUGAAUCGUUUUCUUUGAACAAUACAAAAUCAACCUCAAGACUUGGAAGUUCGAUUGGUAUUAGCAGCAAUGAAGGUUCUGGGAAACUGGUGAACGUUAUGCAUACAAACACCAAGAAGAAUCAACUGGUUUCAAAUUCAGCAACUCCCUUCGUUGCAAGUUCUAACACAGAUGCAGGAACUGAGGAUGUUCUCGAACCCCCGUUCAGGGAAGACAAUUCGUCAAACUCCGAGUACUGCGAAAGUUCUAGCAACGAUCUCCAUGAUCUAUGGAUGGAAGAUGAUUUCGGCCCUGAAAUGGCUACAUCCAGCGACGACGAAAGAUCAUGUACUGGUCAAACCCUAGGGUCAAUGACACCAUUCGGAGCCACAGAAAGUCGCGAUUUUUCAUACAUGGUAGACGUAUUAGACGAAUCAGCGUUUCAAGAUGGCGACGUGGAGAUACGUUUUGAAAAAUGGCAUUCCUCUGAAUGUAUGGCGAGCUAUUCAAUUUUUGAAACAUUAGAGAAGAAAUACGGGAAGCAGGAAUUAUGGCAAAAGUCUGAGAGGAAGCUCCUAUUUGAUCGUAUAAAUUCAGGAAUGAUCGAGAUUCUCAGACCACGGAUUGAUAUUCGUGUUUCCCCUAAUUUAUUACAGAGAAAGAUGAGAAAUAUGUCGAGAAGAGACGUCAUCGAGGAAGAACUAUCGAUGUUUUUACUGAAUCAAGAAAAAGGAGUCAACGAUGGAGUGUCUGAGAAAGCGGUCGGAAGAGAACCAUGGUUUGAUCCGUUGGACGAAAUUGAUUCUCUCGUCACAGAACUCGAAAUCUUUUUGUUUGACAAGUUAACAGCAGAGUUGGUCAAUGUUUAAUUUUUCUAUAUAUAAUAACACGAUCAUUCCACUUUUGAAGCUGAAAGCACUCCAAUAAAAAAAAAAAAACAGAAAUUAAACAAAAUACAUGAAGAUCAAGAUCAAGAUAAAGAUCAAGAUCAAUAGAUCAACUUCAUG